CUUCAUUAUUUUUUUUCGUUAAAGCAUAUAGUUGAAGUAACUGAGUGAAAAGGUUUUAAUAUUUAAAAACCUAUCGAUUUUCACUAGGGAAUAUCUAUACACAGAACAUCUCGGGAAAAGUCUUACAUAUACAGUUUUGUUCUUCAUGUGACAUAUAUAUCUAUCUACCCACUGUGCUCGCAUUCUUUUUGACGUAAUUGAAAACAUUUGAUCUAUCGACGAAAGAAACCGGCUCUCUAUGUUGUACGGACGACAGUGCAAAACAGGAAGGACCCGCCAUCAAAGGAUUUCUUUACGGCGCCAAAUCAGCUUUGUGUCAAGGAGAUUGGCCGGAUUUUCCUGGAAACUUUCAUCGGUGUUAAUGUCGCCUGUUAUAUAAACUUAUAUUUCCAACGCUUAUGGACGCUAUAUGAAAUUACUCUUAUCGUGGCAGAAAUCAAGAAAACAUUGGUUUUAAACUAUCAAAGAAGUUUUUAAUAUAUCGGUGGUAACGAAAAGAAAAGCUUUGAUUUGUGACAUGAUCUCUCGCCUUCAGCACUAGAGCGUUUGAAUAUAUAGCAUCGUAUCAUGCGAAAGUUCACACCAAGAACCAAUCAAACAGAGAGACGAGCUUUCUUCCGGGAGAUUUAAGUUUGGUAAGGCGUUAUUGGCCUAAAUAUCUUUGGUGAAGAAGGCGCACAAUUUCCUAGGAAACUGACUGUUCACUAUUGUCACAAGAGGGACGCUAGCAGCUAAUUUUGUGUUGUAUCAACGACUGGUGCAUGAAAAUCGACAACGAUGAAAGUCCGCCGUGGCAUUUAAAUUAGUAAUGGAAACAGAACAAUUCGCUUCAAAAUACACACGAUAAUUGGUUUAAAAAAAUAUUUGAAAAUACCAAAGUUUGUCUUUCGAUGGGAGGAAUUCAUUGUAGUACCGGAUGUGACAAGGAAGAGAAGAGGAGUGAACCCCCACCGUGCUCAGAGAAUUCCGAGGUAAACGGUAUCGUUUUGACAGAGGAAAAAGAUGUUCCGACGGUGGAAUCGUACAGCAAACUCUUCUCUUGGUUAAUACAAAUGUCGGAAACAGACGAAGAAAACGAAAUCUCGAACAAAUCACCAAAACUGAAAACCAUGGACAACAAGAAAAACUACAGCUGGCAACAGCUGUUGAAUCAGAAUUCUAGCUCAAUCGAAUCUCACUGUAGUUCGGAUAAUCCCUAUUGGGGCGGUAUGUUUAUAUCGUCUGCAUCUGAGGAUAUACCCGAAGAAGAUGAUGUAGACAUGCCAUCUAAACAAAGCAGUUUCGAGGUGGACUUCUCACUGGAGCGUCCAACCCGAGACUAUAUGGAAACAACAUUAAAGGUCCCAGGAAGACGUGGAACUUUGGUCAAGCAACACUCCGUGUGUGACUCACAAUACAGUGAAAGUGAUUACGCCGAAACUCGUAUUGAUGUCCCCCAGAUACAAGUCGAAGAGAGUGACAACUUUCCUGUUGAUCCCAGGACAAGGGAAGUCAUUUUGUUACGAGCAAGACUUCAAGACAUACAGAAUAAAAAAUGCAGACAAAGAAAUGAUUUAGUCAAACAAAAAUCUGAAUCGUGUGUUGAUCGAAUCUACCGUCACGACCAAACAUUUCUGAAAAGACGUAGAAAAGCAACAGCAUCUUGUGAUAAUUUAAACAAAAGAGUUCUAAAAGUUCCAAGUAUUCAGACACAAACCAGCGAGGAUGAUGUCAUGUUCUCUGUUUGUGAAUCUGAUGGUCAUAAGAACGCGGAGACAAUUCCUCUCCAAGAUAUGCCCGAACAAGGCGAUACGGCUGACGCAGAUCUAACUAGUCUCAAAAACAGGAAGAACGGCUUUAGAGAGAGGGUAUCAGAAUUCUGGAGCAAAAGUGUCGGAAGCAUGAUUGGCAGAGGGGCCCGCGCCAAGCCGCCGUUGGCGCGCAAAAGUAAUAGCUUAUUUACUGUGCAACCGAGUAUAGAUUCCCAAAUUAUGAAAGAUGAUCUGAAAAGGGAUUUUUAUUCUGAGAAAAUACUAGAUGAUAAAUUGCUCGAUGCAAACAUUGCCGAUAUUUUGUUUGCAGUUGAUGCAAUUUGGCCCAAGGCAUGAUAUCGUUUGGCACGUAAAACUAGCGACAUUUACAAUAUGCAGAGCAGUAUAAGGUUUUUGUCGUUACUAAAUGUUGCCAUCAUAAUAUUGCUUUCUACAUCGUUUAUUGGAUAUUGACGUGAGAAUUACAAAUGCUAGUAAUACAAUUCCAUUUGGAAAUUUGAUUCCAUGUAAUUUCCUCUGAGAUAUAUUUUUAUGUCUAGAGAAUCUUAUUACUUUAAAUAUUCUUGACUAGAUUGAAUAAAGAUAUUUCAAUAUCCUC